CUUAAAGUUCUUAAUAUAUACGUGCAAGAUGCACCUCGCUCUGGCCGGCCGACUGUACAAACCCUAAGGAAGAUUGCAAAGAUAGAGAAGUUAAUUACUAAGAGCAGAGCUGGAAGGGAAUUAAAUACUUACCAGCUUACAGAAGAGGUGGGAAUCUUAGCCACGACUGCAUGGCGCAUUCUUCGCCGCCACCUUAAUAUGCGGAAGACAAAACCUAUAUAG